AUGUCCAUCAAUUUCGAAUCAGUUAGUAGUUUAAAGCCUAGAUCUGGUCCUUUCAACGCGGAAGUUGUUAACGUGGUGCUGGCUAAGGCGUCUGCGUUGCACGUCAAUGGCCUGCAGGGAGAAGGGAGCGACAUCCACGGUCCGUCAGAUGCGGAUCCAGAGAAGCGUCAGGCCUCGUCAUCAGGAGCGCAAGAGAAGGCCAAGGGUGUGGCCAAGGAUGCGGAAGAGGAUGGGGGUUACCUCAGCGAUGAUCCCGAUGAGUGUCAAGACCCGGAGGCGAUCAGCGACAUCGCGACGCAGGCUGGUUUCGCCAUCACGCUUCUUGUCCCUUUCAAGUGGCACGAGGAAGUCCCGCGUACGAUCAACACUGUCGGCGAGUUGCUCCGGCUGUGGGAGGGACACAUGACGGGGAACGCAAAGGUCACGACCAAGUUUCACAAGCUGACGCCGGCAUGGCUCUCUAAGGAGCACUUCGGCCGUCUCCAGGUGGUGUUCGUUAAUGCGGCGGAUGCGAAUUUUAUGUGGAGCAGGAAGGUGGAUCAUUUCACGGCGUCCAACGUGCGGUUGACGCUCGGAUGGCAGCACCCGGAAAAUCAGGAGUACCUGAAGGAGCGUUCGGCGAGGCCAGAAGCCAUUGAGGUGCUGCUGAAGAGCGUACCGGCGGUAAUCUCCCCCGAGAUGGUCAGGAAAAGCCUGGUGACGGCGACCCUGCUGAAGCGCAAGCGUACUGCAUUCCUGGAGGGUUCAGCCUUUCAUAGGGUGGUGGAUCCGGUGACGGGGUCAGAUACGGACAAGAUUAAGGGGUUGGUGUUCCGCCACCGCGGGGAUAAGUAUAAGUGGUGGCAUAAGGUGUCGGACAAGAUCCACGGCACGGAUCUGCUCGUCUCCUUCCCUUCGCUCACCUGCUCUUUUUGCAACGGCAUGCACAUGUCCUGUUUUCAUGAUGAUUAUGUGACGGAACGGCAGGACAAUUUCACCAAGUGGAAUGUGCCGCUUGCACGGGCGCAUGAGAUCAAUGCUACAAAGGCCAUCAUGGAAGACCCGGCGAUGGUGCUUACCUCCACCAACGGAGUGCGGGAGGAGUGGCUGUGUGUCCAGGAGGGUUGCGAGAAGGCGCAUGGAGUCACCUUCGCGCAGGCAACGGAACAUGCGGCAUCGGUCCGACACUGCACAGAGCGCCUCAAGGCGGGAUCGGCGACGCGUCAGAGCAAGGGGAAACUGAACCUUCUGGCAGUCAGGAAGGCGUUCGGGAUGUGA